AUGGCAGCGGCACAAAGCGCCCCAACGGAUCUAGAUAUCCCUCCUUCAGAGGUAUCCGCUAGCGCUUCACGUGUCAUUAAUCCCCACGGUUCACAUCGCGGCUCCCAUCAUUCAUCGACCUCACUCCGAGCUCAACGUCUUGCGGCAAAAGCACUACAUGCACGUCGCUUAGCCGAACUUGAGGCCGACCGAGACCGCGCCGCCGCUGAGCGAGAGCGUGCCGCCGCAGAGCGGGAGUGCGCUGCCGCCGAGCGCGAGCGAGCCGCCGCCGAUCGGGACCGUAUGGUAGCUAACUUAGAAUUAGAGGCUGAAUUAGCGGCUAUUGAUGAAGCUGCCAGCUUGCACUCACAGUCGUUUAGAAGCUCUAGAGUAGAAAAUUGGGUAUCUCAUACUAACGCAUCUUUGUCUGAGAGACAGAUUAUGCCGUCCCAGCACACACCUGCGCCACAAGUGCCUGGUGUUUCCUGCCCAAUGCUGGCCACAGACUGCGAGCGUGUGGUCUCGCCUGGCGUCUGUGUCACUGGCAUCAGUGCCGGUGCCGCGGCGCGCGAGCACGCGCCCCACAUCGCAUCUGUCCAACCGUCAUUGGAAGUACCGGAAGCAUCAUUACGAUGCGGCCGCAAGCGCGCUGCCUCGCCAGGCGUUGCAAAUAUAUUAUUUGCGACGCGCGAGCACGCGCUUCCUUCUGCGCCCGCACCGUACGCAGUGGCAGCAUCAAGUGCCCACGGCGUAACCUCCACCCAAAACUACAGCUACGGUGUGCCUCAGCCAGGCAUUACUGCGACACUGGGAGCUACAAAUGAAGCUGGCGCGUUUCAAUCUAAGCCGCCCUCUCACGUUCAUAAUCCUUAUACACAGACACACACGUUAGGUACACAAAACGAAUUUAUUUGUAACCAAAAUAAAAAUGACCGCUCACAUGUACCUACCACUUCACAAAACCAACCCAGUGACUUCCUGAAGUUGGCUGAAGUCAUAAGUGACCUCGCCCGUUGUAGCAGUGGAAAAAUUAACCCAGGUACGGUAGUUAGCUUGCCUAUAUUUUCCGGCACGUCACCCACUCAUUGGUUAACAUUUAGAAGUUCAUAUCUAAAUUCCAAAAAUAUGUUUUCGGCGACGGAAAAUAUAGGUCGAUUAAAUAAUGCACUCCGAGGAGCCGCCCGUGAUGCUGUCAUUUCCCUCCUGGCCUUGUCGCAAGACCCAGAGGAAAUCAUGGCGGCUCUGCAGGAGCAGUUUGGUCAACCUGAGCUUCUGAUCCGUCACUUAGUAUCAGAAGUUAAGGCCAUGUCCAAGCUGUCAGCAUCUGACGGUGGCAAGGAACUCCACCAGUUAGCUUGUGUGGUACGCAACUGUGUCCACACCAUAAAGAUGUUGGGUUCUGUGGAGUACCUCGCCUCUCCAGAGUUGUUGCAUAGUGUGCUACUUAAAUUAACUCCACUGAUACGUGAGAAAUGGGUUGAUUAUGCAUUCAUAAAUGCCGAUACCGGGUUCCAAUAUAAAUUAGAAUUGCUUUCCGCCUUUCUCACACAUCAGUCUCGAGUUCAUUUGAGGUUUGGCAUUAUCGAUGACAUUUCGCGCCCUAAGCCCAUAGAAAAGGCUCGCACGCAUGUCACGACUAAUGUCAGCUCAGACGAAAGUCCGAGUGACAUAUGUUAUGCCACCGCCUCAAACUCCAUAGCUCGUAAGUUGUCAAAAGGCAAAGUUACUCCAUCUACGGCCGCAGUUAAUAACAAUAGGCCCUCAAAUUCUCCCUCUAUUGCUUAUUGUUUAUACUGUAAAAAGAAUGGUCAUGAGGUCUCAAAUUGUGAUUUAUUUAAAAAUAUUUCUGUUAAUGAAAGAUGGGAUUGGGUUAAAAAUAAUAAAGUUUGUCAAAGAUGUCUCAAGCGGGGCAAACAUUAUUAUAGGACUUGCAAAGGUAACUGUAGGGUAAUAAAUUGCAAAGGUGGAUAUUACCAUCAUGAGUUACUUCACAAACAGUUAACAAAUUCUGUUCAUUACAGUUCAACAACAACUGGCGAACGUGAAGUAAGUUCGGAGAGUGAAGUCGCACCAGUAAUUGUGGCCCACGCUCACGGCAGCAGUGCGAUACCAUGCGAGACGCCUUCUCCUUCGCGCUCACUUCUUAAAGUGCUGCCGGUAACUGUAACUGGACCAAAGGGUGAGAUGGAUAUUUACGCUUUAUUGGAUGACGGGUCUACAGUUACUCUGAUUGACCAAAUAGUAGCCGACACAAUUGGUGCACAAGGGCCGAAAGGCACUAUUCAAGUUAAUUGUGUGGGCGGCUUGGCGAAAGAUUCUGUAGUAACCUACAUUGAUAUUAACAUCAAAGGCAAGCACUCUGUCGAAACCUUUAAUUUAAAACGAGUUCGCUCAAUACCUAAUUUGGGUGUAGCAUGCCAAACAAUUCGUACUGUAGAUGUUGCAAAGUUCUCUCAUCUUCAGGAUUUGGUAAAAGAACUGUCUUACGAGGAAGCCAAGCCUCUCUUAAUAAUUGGUAUUGACAAUUGGCAUUUGUCAUUACCGCAUGGCAUCCGACGCGGUUCUCGUAACCAACCUGUGGCUGUCCAAACCGUUCUAGGAUGGACAAUGUUCGGUAGGCUUCCGGGUAAAUCCGCGGAGUUUAUCCAUCAUAGCUCGGUUUCCGAUUUAGAAUCUUUAAUAAAAGAACAUUAUCAUCUCGAUUCGAUUGGCAUUACAAAAAAGGACUUCCACAGCAUAAACGAUGAGCGAGCUUUGGCUAUUUUAAAUGAAACCACCCAACGUCUUCCGUCAGGUAGGUUUGAGACUGGUUUGCUCUGGCGACCUGAUAUCAUCUCAAUUCCAAACAGUUAUAAAUUAGCUUUAUCCAGAUUUCAUAGUUUAGAAAGAAAGUUUAAAAAGGAUCAAAAUUAUGCCGAAGCUUAUAAACAGUAUAUAAAUGGGAUGAUAGAGAAAGAUUACGCAGAGCUUUGUACUAAUGUACCUCCUUUAGGUAAUUUAUGGUAUUUGCCUCAUUUUGGAGUAUAUCACCCCCAAAAGAAAAAGCUGAGGCUCGUUCAUGAUGCCGCAGCUAAAUGUUCAGGAGUUAGCCUAAAUUCUCUGCUACUCCCUGGUCCUGACCUCUUACAACCCUUAUUAGGAAUUCUCAUGCGUUUUAGGGAAGGUGAGGUAGCCCUCAACGGAGACAUUCGUGAAAUGUUCCCGCAAACAAAAAUUAGGGCACAAGAUAGAGAUGCACAACGUUUUCUCUGGCGAGACGAUCCUUCUCUACCUAUAGCAGAAUAUAGAAUGUCUUCCAUGAUCUUCGGCGCCACCUCCAGUCCGUGCACCGCCAUUUUUCUAAAAAAUAAAAAUGCUUUAGAGCACCAGACUAAGUUUCCCGAAGCAGCAGAGGCUAUUGUUAGAGACCAUUACAUGGACGACUACCUUGGAAGUGUAGACAGCCCAGAACUCGCCGCUCGAUUAGUUGCAGAUAUCGUCACCGUGCAUAAAGCAGCCUGUUUAGAGAUGCGCUCAUGGGUAUCCAACAACCCCAAAGCGCUUACAACAAUAAGUCCUGACUUGUGGGCUGCCGACACAUCCGAGGUAGGUCUCGGACCGACAUCUCCUUCGCAAGUUAGAAUUUUAGGGGUGGCCUGGAACAUCAAGGAAGAUACUCUUAAUUUUAGAAAGUCCACAGAACUGCCUACCAGUGUGACAAAAAGAGUAGUCUUGUCCCAUCUCAUGAAGGUUUACGAUCCUCUUGGAUUUUUGAUGCCACUAACCAUCACCGGUCGCAUCUUAUUUCAGGAAACAUGGAGAAUGGGUAUUGACUGGGACGAGGAGUUGCCCGCCUCUGCUAAGGCAAAGUGGCAGACUUGGUUCGCCGGUAUAGCAGAAGUCUCGGCCAAAAUUAAAAUACCACGCUGUUACCGAACCAGAUUUGCUGCGGAAUGCCAGCUCCACGUCCUAGCCGACUCAAGUGAAUCCGCUUACGCUUGUGUGGCGUUUUGGCGUUUUGUCCACCAGGACCAAUCUGUUCAUUUGGCUCUUAUAGGUGGAAAAGCGCGCCUAGCCCCUUUAAAGCCUGUGUCUAUCCCACGGCUCGAGUUACAGGCGGCUCUCAUGGCUUCUCGAUUCGCAACUUACAUCCUGGAGGCACACCGUCUUGUUGCUUCUAGAGUUUUCUUUUGGACGGAUUCCCUAACGGUUUUAAAGUGGUUGCGUAGCGAUGCCCGCACGUUUAAGCCGUUUGUUGCUCACCGUGUAGGAGAAAUAUUAGAGACUACAAACGUUGCCAAUUGGCGUUAUGUUCCAUCGGCCUUAAAUGUAGCAGAUGAUGCUACACGCGGUCUAUACUCUCUUUCCUCUUCCUCUCGAUGGUAUACUGGUCCAGAUUUUCUUUUGUCUCCACCAGACGAAUGGCCUCGCGAGCCUGCGGUCAUUGCUCCACUAGUAAUUGAGGAACUAAAACCCGAACACGCGUUAACAUUUUUGCUAACCGAACAUCCGGAAAUGCCAUCUCCGAUCGUAGCGAAUCACGAUCAUUUCGGUCGUUGGGUUCGGUUGGUUAGAGCAACCGCUCGUGCACAUUAUUGUGCUAAAAUAUUUCGGUCGCUUUUGAAAAAACCUCCAAAUUCAAAAUUAAAGAGUGCUGCCUUCAAGGUCUCCUUCAAAGUUUUGAAACCUCUUUCGGCCGCAGAAAUCUUGGAGGCCGAGAGGCACCUAUUUUUAUAUACUCAAUUGGAAUCAUUUAAACACGAAUUCUUGAGUCUUACCGCGGGUCUUCCCCCAACUAAUCAAGGGAGGCUUAGAGGUCUUGUGCUGAUGUUGGGAGAAGACGGUUUAAUCCGUUUAAAUGGAAGAAUUCGUGCUGUAUUAGAUGCUCCCGCGCAGGACAUUAACCCUAUUGUUUUAGACGGUCGACAUCCAAUUGUAAAACUCCUUCUCGAUCACUAUCAUCGGAAAUUUGGUCAUGGUAAUAUCGAGACCGUCGUUAACUUCCUGCGCGGCAAAUUUUAUAUAAUAGCUUUACGCCCAAGUGUCAGGUCUGUUGCCAAACAAUGCAGUUUCUGUAGGAUUAGGAAGCUUCUCCCAUCUACGCCUCAAUUUGGUGAUCUUCCUGAAGAUAGGUUAUCCCAUCAUCAGCGCGCGUUUUCCUUCUGCGGUCUUGAUUACUUCGGUCCAGUUGAAGUUGCCGUUGGGCGCAGACGAGAAAAACGCUGGGUAGCUCUAUUCACAUGCCUUACCAUCAGAGCCGUUCAUUUGGAGAUCGUAGGAAGCCUUUCCGCAGAUGCUGCUAUCAUGGCCCUAAGAAGAUUUAUUGCUCGUAGAGGAUGUCCAGCGAGAAUCAUCUCAGAUAACGGCACGGCUUUUGUCGGCGCAGCCAACCAACUCACAGACGUUUUCGACUUCGCGGCCAACCAUAAAAUAGAGUGGGUCUUCAUUUGUCCAGCGGCACCAUCAAUGGGAGGUGCGUGGGAACGCUUAGUGCGAUCAAUAAAGUCUGCGCUUUCCGUAACCCUGAAAGAACAAGCUCCAAGAGAGGAAGUAUUGAGUACCCUACUUCUGGAAGCGGAAGCAGUAGUCAAUUCUCGCCCGCUGACACACGUACCAGUAGAGCCGGAGACACUACAGGCCCUCACACCCUUCUAUUUUUUAUUGGGCACACCAUCAACCGAGUCGGUCCGUCCCCGCACCGAUGCAGAUCUUUGCCGUCGCUUAGACCACAGGAAGGUACUGCGGUUAGCGGAGCUGUUUUGGGCCAGAUGGCUUCAUGAAUACCUACCCACGUUGAUUCCACGAAAGGCCGGAUCGACGCAAGCCAAAUUCAAAGUGGGAGAUCCAGUUCUGGUGGCGGAUCCAAAUCUUCCGCGAGGAACCUGGCCCAAAGGCCGUAUUUCUAAGAUAUUCACCGGUCCUGACGGAGUGGUCAGGGUGGUGGAGAUCCGGGGAAGCAUGGGGAUCUUGAAAAGACCAGUGCGCAAAGUGUUGCCCUUACUCCUAGAGCAGGGCACCCAAGAAAACUGCGCACAGUCGCCACUAUAG